AUGGAUCAAGCACAAUUCCUGCAGCAAUUGCAGAUUAUAUUAAAUCCAAGCCAAGGAAGCGUCAAGGAAGCCACAAACACACUGCAAAAGGUGUACUAUAAAAACCCUGAAGCGCUCCUUUUCCUCAUCCAAAUUGCUACCACACACCAUGAUGCCGACCUGAAGCAGCUGGCCGCCGUCGAGGCUCGCUCUCUGGCAAUCAAGCUGUGGGCCAAAGUCCCUGAUGCACAGAAACCACAGGUCCGCGAGCAGCUUCUGCGCUCGACCCUUGCCGAAAGCUCUGCACUCGUCCGCCACGCCUGUGCCAGAGUCAUCUCAGCCAUUGCUGAGGUUGAUCUGGCCGAUGGCGAGUGGGCGGAUCUGCCGCAGUUCCUGCUGAACGCCUCGACCAGCGCGAAGCCGGAGGAGCGUGCCGUGGGCACCUACAUUCUCUUUGCUAUCCUCGAGACGCUCGGUGAAGGCUUUGAAGAGAAGUUCAUGGACCUCUUUGCCUUGUUCGAAAAGACGAUUCGUGACCCGGAGAGCGCGGAGGUCCGCAUCAACACACUACUCGCGCUCAGCAAGCUAGCCGUUCAUCUGGACUCCGAUGAAGACGAGAAGCCAGUCAAGGCAUUCCAGCAGAUUUUCCCUGCCAUGGUCAAUGUCCUCAAAGACACCAUUGACCAAGGUGACGACGCCCGUAUCAUGCAGGCCUUUGAGGUCUACCAAACUCUCCUUGGAUGCGAUCCUGAGCUUCUCAACCCUCACCUCAAGGACCUUGUCAUCUUCAUGAACGAAAUCGCUGCCAACACCAAGGCCGACGACGAUACCCGAACUCAGGCCAUCAGCUUCCUAAUGCAGGCUGUCAGUUACCGUAAAAUCCGUAUCCAGGGCAUGCAGCUCGGUGACCAACUUACCCGCACCUGUCUGGUUAUCGCUACUGAGCUCGACAGCCUGGAUUCUGAUGAAGAUGACAUCACUCCAGCUCGUUCCGCCCUGGGUUUGCUUGACAUGAUGUCCCAGAGCUUUGCUCCCAGCCAGGUCGUCGUCCCACUCCUCAAUGCGGUUGGCCAGUAUUUCAACAGCUCAGAGGCCAGCCACCGUCGUGCCGGUAUCAUGUCGCUCGGCAUGUGUAUUGACGGAGCUCCUGACUUUAUCAGCACUCAAAUGCAAGAGAUCUUCCCGGUUCUCUUCCGCCUGCUGCAGGACCCCGAGGCUAGUGUUCGCCAGGCUACUCUAGACACUGUUGCUCGUCUCGCUGAUGUUCUGCCAGACGAUGUCAGCAAGCAGCACCAGACCCUCAUGCCAUUGCUCUUGAAGAAUCUGGCCACCGCCAUGCAGGGCUACAGCGGCGAAGAAUCUGGCCCAGCAGUAGACAUGAUCAAAUCCUCCCUCAGUGCAACAGACACCGUUGUAGACGGCAUGGAGGGCAAGGACGUAGCUCCUUACCAAUCGGACCUUGUCCCAUUGCUGCAAAAGCUGUUCAAGCACCCUGAUUUCAAGAUCAAGGGCCAUACCGCCAGUGCUCUCGGAUCAGUCGCCUCCUCUGCUGGUGAGGCCUUCCUGCCUUACUUUGACGAAUCUAUGCAUAUCAUGCAAGAGUUUGCUACUCUGAAGCACAGCGAGGAGGAACUCGAGCUUCGCGCCAGCGUUAUCGAUGCUAUGGGUGAGAUGUCCUCCGGCGCUGGACCGGAGCAUUUCAAGAACUACGUUGGACCAUUGAUGCAGGCCAGCGAAGAAGCACUACACCUCGACCAUUCUCGCCUAAAGGAGAGCACUUAUCUCUUCUGGGGCGUGAUGUCUAAGGUCUACGGAUCCGAAUUCACCCCAUACCUCGAAGGCGUUGUCAAGGCCUUGAUCGCCUGUUUGGAGCAGAAUGAGACCGAGAUGGAAGUCUCCCUCGGAGAUGCUGCCAAGGACUUGGUUGGCCAGGAGGUCACGAUCGCCGGACACAAAGUGCGUGUUGCUGGUGCUGACGAUAAUGACGAUGAUGAUGAUGAGUUUGAAGACGUGGAUGACUGGGAGAACCUCAACACUGUCACCCCCGUCUCCCUCGAGAAGGAGAUUGCAAUUGAAGUUCUCGGAGACGUGAUCACUCACACCGGCAAGUCCUUCAUGCCGUUCUUCGAGAUGGCCAUGCAGCACAUCCUGCCACUCACCGAGCACUCAUACGAGGGGGUGAGAAAGAGUGCCAUGUCAACCCUUCAUAGAUCAUAUGCUGCUCUAUGGCAGGUCUGCGAGGAGACCGGGCAGAUGCAGAAAUGGCAACCUGGAAAGAACAUGCCCCUCAGCGAGCCACCAAGUGAGCUCAAGAAGCUCGGUGAAAUCUUGAUGAAGGUUACCCUUCAACGCUGGGCUGAGGAAGAUGAUCCCUCCGCCGUCUCUGAUAUCAACCGCAACUUUGCUGACAACCUUCGUUUCUGCGGCCCUUACUUGAUCUCCAACCGCGAGAACCUUGAAAAGGUUACCUCCAUGGUUACCUCGAUCAUCACCAAGCAGCAUCCAUGCCAGCUUGAUCUUGAUGCUACCGAUGAGGAUAGAGAGCUUAUGGAGGAGCUGUCCGAAUUUGACUGGAAUGUUAUCGACACUGCUCUCGACGUUGUCUCUGGCCUCGCCAUCGCUCUUGGCGCCGAAUUUGUUGCUCUCUGGCCAGCCUUCGAGAAAUAUGUCCUCCGCUUUGCAGCCAGCAGUGAAUCUCUCGAGCGCUCGACCUCCAUCGGUGUUCUUGCCGAUGUGAUCUCCGGGCUCGGCAACGCCAUCACCCCUUACACUGGCAACUUCCUGCGCCUCUUCACCCAUCGUCUUACUGACGAGGACAUGCAGACCCGCAGCAACACCAGUUAUGCUGUUGGCAUGCUAGUUGAAAAGUCCGAGGCUGAUGCCGAGCUCGUGGCUGCUUAUCCAACUGUUUUAGAGAAAGUCACCCGCUGCCUUCAAAUUCAGCAGGCUAGAUUCCCUGACAAUGCUGCCGGCUGUAUUGCUCGCCUGAUUAUUAAGCACCGUGAGAACGUCCCAUUGGAGGAAGUUCUCCCUGCUCUAAUCGAGACCCUCCCUCUGCAGAAUGACUUCGACGAGAACGAACCAAUCUACCGCAUGAUCUGCCAACUCUAUAAAUGGGAGGAUGCUACCAUCCGCCAACUUACCCCCCGUCUACUGCCGAUUUUCAAGUCCGUCCUGACUGGGGAUAGUGACCAGCUAGAUGACGAACGACGAGCAGAGCUAAUUGAGCUUGUCUCAUGGCUGAACAAGAUGCAGCCCGGUGGGGAAGCCGCUUUCAUCGAGAAACUCAGCUCGUAA